CGUAAAUAAUUAGGACGCUUUCCCAAUUUAUCUUUUGAUUUAUCUGUGCUGUUAUGUUGUGUUCGAUAUCGAAUUUAAUGACAAGUAUAAAUUGCACAACGGAAUUUCAUGGGUUAUUGACUCCAUACAAAAGUUCAUAUUUACAGAACAUAUCCACCCGCGACAUAGUCUCUGUAAAUUCUUCUGCAGUGACACUCCUGUCAGACUUGUUUAAAAUCAUAUUACCCAAGAAUAUAUAAGAGCAAAUUGGAUGAAUUGGUUCGCUAUAUCAAUCUAAACGUCAAAUUAGUUUAGUGUAUUUAAAAUAAUUAUAUAGUGUGAAGGAUGAUCUGACAUUUACGAUAUGUGUUUUUUUUAUAUUGUGAAAUGUCACAAAUGCAAAUGUUGAGAUAAAAUCGGUGAUGUCCGGAUCUGUCUUUUAUUUUCAGAUCCAAAACAUAACCAGCGGAGUAAACAACUUGUACUGGUUGCGAGAAAAUACUAUUAUUAGCAAAUAAAUCUAUGAUAACAAGUUCAGGAAUUUUUUGAUAACAACAUAAUGAAGCCUGUUUGGAAUCUUUUAUUCUUGAUGACAUUGUGGUCGGCAGUUCAAAGUUCACCCUUUGAUGAUGGAAAGUAUAAACCCAAAACAUAUGACGAGUACGAUGAUGGAAAAUACUACAGACCGUUAACUGAGGGCAAAUAUGUGCCGGGAGAUGAGGGAAAAUACACGUACAUCUACCAACAGGGCGUGUUUCCGUAUGACGGUACAUACAAACAUUUGGGAAGGGGCGACUCCAACGACUACAUUGGUUUCCAAAUAUAUGCACCCAGAUUCCAAUAUAUUCAUAGAAUAAUUAAAGAGUUAAUUAGCAAGUAUGUAUCACCAGACAUUCUGAUGUUUAGUGGAUCGGAGUCGGGGCAAGCCAAUUAUUUUGAUAAGGCACAAACACCUCAAGAAGUUGCGAUGAAGUGUAAUAUUAUUGAUCCGAAGACUAGAAAUAUCCCGGAAACGGAAAUUGUUACGCAAUAUCCUCCAUCAAUGAAAUUGCAAGAAGGCGAAAAUACGGGAACUCUUUACAGCUUUAAGGGAACUAAGUUACUUAGUAAGGAAGAGAAUUCGGCUCAGACAAAAUUAAAAUUGCAUUAUGAAGUGUACGUGAGAGUAGUUGAAGAGGCCGAAUGACCACAAAUUGUUUAAUGGUGAUAAUAUGAUGUAAUAGGAUUAUUUUAAAUUAUAGUAAAGUAUUUA